UUGUUUCAGUCCUCUCCUUAUGAGGUGAAAGCUGCAGUGAAAGCAGCUAUCGGAGCUGGCUAUCGUUUGAUCGAUACAGCCGCAGUAUACGAAAACGAAAACUCUAUUGGUGAGGCAAUUAAGGACCUGAUCAAAGAAGGCAAAAUCAAACGUGAAGAUCUGUUCAUCACCACCAAGGUGUGGAUCACCCAUGAACAUCCGGACGAAACCGAAGGUGCAAUUCGCGAGUCCCUUCGUAGACUUCAGAUGGACUAUGUUGAUCUUUAUCUGUCUCAUAUGCCAACCUGCUUCAACAAUGACAUGACAGAACAAAGGAAGGAAGUGACAGUACAAGAUAUAUGGCGAGGGCUGGAAGGUGUCUAUAAUAAAAAACUCACUAGAGCAAUUGGUGUGUCGAAUUGGAACAGCGAACAAAUGGAACGUGUGUUGAAAACCGCAACCGUGCCGAUCCACAACAAUCAGGUAGAGCUUCACCUAUACUGGCCUCAGCAUGAACUUCACGAAACCUGCAAGAAGCAUAAUAUCUCACUUACUUCGUAUGCCACUCUGGGAUCACCUGGUCGAGCACAAUUUAUGCCAGAGUGA